AUGCAGCCUGCAAGCAACACGGAACUGGAGUUGCAUUCUUCUAUUACUCGAUACGUGGAAGAGAAAAGCAGAGGAAGAAGCUGGGAAUAUAGACAGAUUUCUGUUACAGAUUUUCAUGUCGUCAAAGCAGCCGCAGAGGCCAGUGCUCCAAGGCUGUUCUUGCCCAUCGUGGGCCCUAGCCCCCUUUGGUUCGAGUACUUCGCCGCCAAGUCCCAUUACUUCCUCUACAGCCACAGUAUUUUCUUCCACAUCCUCAUCUUGUCCCUCGUCCCACUCCCCAUCGUGCUCUUGGAGCUUGCGCGCCCUGCCGGCUUCAACUGCUUCAAAAUCCAGCCCAAGGUCUGGCUCUCCUCCAAGAUUUUCAAGUGCUACAAGGACGUCAUGAAGAUGUUGUUCCUCAUCGUCGGCCCGCAGCAGCUCCUCUCGUACCAGAGCGUGAAGGUGAGGUUCCGUCGGAUGGAUGGUGCGUGGGAGUGCAUGCGUGCUUUCGAGUCAUUUUCUAGGAAUUGGAUUUGUGUGGAUUGA